UACAGAUUCCUCCGUUCACACUCCUACUGAUGAAUCUAUCAUAACUGAUCACAUGAAAAAGGAGGAGGCCAAACUUAUCAACGAAGGUGAAAAAGAAAAUCUUAAAAUUUUAAAAGAAAAGGCAGUGGCUGAUUAUGACGCACUCGUUGAUAAGCAACGAGUUCAGCGUCUGAAGUUCUUAUUAGAAAAAUCAUCACUUUAUGCACAAUUCUUAGCAAAUAAAAUGGAACGGCAACAAGAAGAACAACGCGAGCGCGCUCAAACCGAAGAAGGAAGGCGCGCUAACGCGAAAGAAAAAGAAGAUAGAAUACAAGCCGGUCCAACGCGUCGAUCAUCAAGGAUUAGUGCGAAAAAUGCCGAUGCUGAAUCUACUGAAUCUUCUACUAAGCCGGUUACAAAAAAGAAAAGUACCACUGGAAGGAAGAGAAAAGCCAAUGACGCUCAUUAUAAUAUAUCAGAUUACUUGGAGAAUAAAGAACUCCCUAAGCGUCGUAAGAGCUCCGAUUCUUCGACAGCUCCUGCAGAAACUUCAUCCCAAGCAGACUUGGUUGAUACUGAAGAUGACGGGCCCAUAACAACCGUUAAAGACGAUGACGAUUCCAAACCAAAUCCUGUUAUAUCUGCUCGUCAACCACGAUUGGUUACUGGUGGUGUCCUUCGUGAAUAUCAACUAACUGGUGUUGAAUGGCUUGUUAGUUUGUAUGAUAAUGGAUUGAAUGGGAUAUUGGCCGAUGAAAUGGGCUUGGGCAAGACAUUGCAAACUAUCGCUUUUUUGGCUUAUCUAUGGGAGCGUAAAAUUUAUGGGCCAUUCUUAAUUGUCGCUCCACUUUCAACAUUAGCAAAUUGGAUCAGUGAAAUUCAUAG